CGUAACACAAACGACGGUCGACGGCAGCAGCGAUCGGCCGAGUCGCGACGAAGUUUCGAUUCAGUUGAGCUCAAGAUCUUGUUGUGGUUAAACCUCUUUUUGGACCCGCGUUUUUCUUGUCUGUGGCGUCGUACACACUUGUUGUGUCGAGUAGUGAGUGGAUUGAGACUGCUUUAGGCUUCGAAGCUGUCGAAGUCGGUGGAGAUACUUUAGAAGCGGGUGCGGGUGGCAGCCGCUAGUGGAAAAUUUCGCGUGAUUCCUGCUGGUGCUGGAAAUCUCCAUACUCGAUUCACUGGAAGAGUGCAGUGCUGAUCUUCCGGCCUGUGGAUCCUCGCACGUGGAACGAAUCCUUAAUUGGUGAAUGUUAUUUUCGUGAGCCGCCAAUUUGUGAUGUUUCCAACUCUUUCUGUUGAUAUGUGCCAGUGCAACCUCAAAAGUUACGUGAGUGUGAAGAAGAAUACAGCCUCCUUGGAUUCAAAAGCUUGACGGUGAUAUUUUUAAACUUGAAUAGUGCCGAAAGUGUCAAAAAGUGCGUGUCGUUGAUUGGUGUGAAAAUAAUUUCAGUCCCGCUCAUCAAAGUGUGAAACCUAAAGCAAUUCGGUGUCAGACGUAGUGAUCAUUUGCUGUUUUUCCAUUGCAACACUCGACUGUCUCAUCAGUUAUCUCAAUCGGCGUUGGUAGUCAAAUGUGCCAACCCCAGUAAUCACCGUAAUCACGAUCAUGAUGAUGACGAUGUUGAGAGGCAAACUGUCGUUAUGUGUUUCCAGUGCUGCAACGGUCGUCGCAACGGUGGCACUGCUGGCGCUGAUCGUGGCCAGCUUUGGCGGCCGACAAGUGCAGGCCCAUGUCGCGCUGACGUUUCCACCGGCGCGGAAGUAUGACCUCGAUUUUCUGGACAACUCACGCACCAAAGCACCCUGCGGGAUGCCGAAAGGUUCAUUGAAAACGUCAUUCCUGGCCGGAAGUACUUUCAACGUUUCAUGGCAUCUCGCAUAUCCACACCGGGGUGGCUUCCGGCUUGAGGUACUCGAUCAGAAGGAAAGACCCGUUCUGAAUCUUACGCGUAGCGCAAAAGGAAAACUUUUCCUGCGGGAUGAUGUAACAGCGCAACAUUUUCAGGUGACGCUUCCACGCGACUUCACCUGUCCGGACUGUUCGAUACGGUUGACCCGCCAGGCGGACGAAUGGGGUAGCAACUAUCUGUUCUGGUCCUGCGCGGAUGUGGACAUCGUUCAGCGAAAGGAAUACCGUGAAUCGUGCUCCGGCCAUGGCAAGUUCAUCGCCCGGUGCAAGUGCGAGAAAAAGUACUACGGAAAUCGGUGCGAAUAUUGGGACGAGUGCACCACCAACCAGGACUGCGGUCUGCAGGGUACCUGUGUGGAUCUCGGGGGAACCUCGUUGCCCCGCAGGCAGUGCUACUGUCGGCUGGGCUGGUUCGGACCGGGCUGCAGCAAAAAAUCUCCUAUCAAAUCCACUGAUAUCGAUUACUCACUGUACAAGUUGAAAAAUUUGUCACCCGACCUCAACGUGUACUGGCGUGUGCUGAAGGAACAGAGCGAAAUCGAAGUGGUUCUGAAGGUGAAUGGUACCACCUGGGUUGGAUUGGGAUGGCGGCCACGGCGACUGACGGCCGAAUGCAAAAAUUUCCCCUUAAUCGGAGCUGCGGCUGAAGCCGGCACUGCGGAGCCAGAACCAGGCGCAGAACCGGAACCGGGAGCGGAACCCAAUGCAGAACCGGAACCAGGCUCAGAACCAGAGCCAGGUUCGGAACCGAAGUCGGAACCAGCAAGCGAGCCUGAACCGGAAGGAACCGCUGGACCAAGCUCCGAGCCGGCAGCUCACCCAGAACCAGCACCCGAGGGUUCAGCUGAACCGGAACCAGCUCACGCGGAACCAGAACCGGAAGCUACUUCAGAACCAGAACCCGAGAGUACCUCGGAACCUGAACCUGCAGCAGAAGGCAAAGCAGAACCCAGUGCCGAGCCAAAUGCGGAACCUAAACCAAAGAAGAGCAAGCGUGCAACCGCAGAUUCGCACCCACCAGCGAGCGAGCCGGAGCCAGAAUCGCCGCCGAAUGCUGAACCAGAACCUAAAUCCGAGCCCGCGUCCGAGCCGGAACCGAAAGCUGAAACGACUGCUAAACCUAAACCGGUCGCCCAAAAGAAGGUUAAUCCGUGGACUCCUCGCCAUGAUUUCAAUCCCAUGGACUGCACCGAUAUCGUGAUCGGAACAGCGCGCGGGGAAACUCAUCGGGUGUGGGAUUAUUACACCCGUGAUCGUUCGACGCCACGAUUGGACACCUUCUGGGGUGGUAAAUCGGACCUGACGGCGACCGGUGGGUUCGAGGUGGACGGUGUUACGACUAUCAUCUUCCGGCGAAAGUUGCAAGCCAACGAACCAACGGACCAUUCAUUCGUCGACGAUUUGAUGCAUGUUAUCUGGGCCAAGGGUCAGGAACCGGGUGCCUAUGUGCAUUCGCCACCGUCCGGUUUGGAGAAGGAGGCAGCCAGUGUACAGGACUUUUACAUGCGCGAUGAGCUGAAGUAUCACGGUCACCGGAUGCAGCGGGGUGUUUCGCAGAUUAACUUUUUGGAGGAAAAAGAAAAAAUGCUCGAACCAAUCAUAGCAGCCAACGGAACAGUGACCGGAAUGACCGACGCAGCAGUAGUACCAAUCAGUCCUAGAAGUCAUGAGCUGGACAACGAUUGCCAUGGGUUCUGGAAGUACCCCCGCGAUUGCGAACCGGAAAAGUUCAACUGUGAGUACUAUGCAAGCUGGCAGGUAGUUGGCAAAGGCGAUGCCUUCACUUUCCACAUCGAAACGAACAACACACAAACCUGGACCGGAGUCGGUUUCAGUGAUAAUCAGAAAAUGUCCCAAACGGAUGCCGUUAUCGGGUGGGUCGAUAAAACGGGCAGACCAUUCCUGAUGGAUACCUGGAUUAAUGGUUACUCGCCGCCGAAGCUGGACGAUCGGCAGGAUCUGUACAAUGCUUCGGGAAGGAUUGCCAAUGGACUGACAAUUCUGGACUUUAGCAGGAAGCGUGAUACUAGUGACGAGAACGAUGUGGCUUUCACCGAAGAUCACUGCUUGUAUCUUAUGUUUCCGUUGAACGGAGGAAUCUUCAAUCCGGUUAACAAGAAGAUUCGAAAGCAUGAUUCCACACCGGUGGUAACGGACACACGGGUUUGUAUAAAGUCCUGUCCGCAUAUGUUUGAGAAUCUGUUCAAUGCCGCCUCGACGCCGGCCCCGGAACGGGUAGCUUACGCGGCGUCGAUCCGUUUGACUAAUUUGGCGUCGGCGUUCAAAAUUCCGGAAUCGGGUACGGUGGAGUAUAACGAUUUGGCCAAGUCCAUCACGGAUAACUUCAACGGGAUGCUGAAGGGGGUGGGUGGAUUCUACAAGACCGAUGUGGUGAAUUUUGAGAUGGAUCCGGCUGGAGUUUUAGUCAACAUGAACAUUCUGUUGAACAAGGACGGCAUCGAGAGCAAUCUGGUAGAUGACCCGGCCAAACUGGAGCAAACUAUUCAACACUUGAUCCAGAACAAUUUGUCCUCUGGAAAGGUGGGAGCGCUGUCGGUCGAUCCUGAAUUCCUGGAAUUUACGACAUUGGAGUACAAACAACCAAUGAACAAUGAACCAUCAUUCUUCGAGCAGGCUGGAACAAGGCUCUACACAAUUUUGGGAUGCAUUGCCGCGCUCGUUUUCAUCGCUAUUGUCCAAGCCAGCUGCACCAUUUACAAAACAAGGAAAACGAAACAGAUGAGGGAUCAACUAAUCCCGAACUCUGCCUGGAAGGACUAUUCGUCCAACACGAACUAUGCGUUCGAUAAUUUCGAAGGUGAGACGAAAAGCCAGCACAGCAAACACCGCUCGGAUCGUGGCUAUAGCAACGGCAACAGCCAGCAGACGACACUGCAGAUGUCGCACUCGCCGAACAAGUCGCAGUACUACGAGAUCGAUCGUACCGAUGGGAUGCAUCGGAACGGUGAUCACAGGAACGGCUCCAUGCAACCCCGCUCCGCUCACGAUCCUCGCGGUGCCGACCGGUCCUCGUCAUCCUACGCCGAUCGGGCCUAUUCGUUACCCCGACCGAUGCAUCAGCAAAUGCAACAACAGCAGCAGGGCUCGAUGCAGCGACCCGGAUCCGAGUAUUACACCCAUGACCGGCGUACCCAGCCGAAGCGCACCAGCAACAAUCCAGGCGGCGGAAACGGUGGUGCCCACUACGCCACCAGCUCGAUAACCAACGGUAACGGAAUGCACUACCAGCAAGCUAGUCAACCAUCGUCGCAGCACGGUAGCCACAUGCCCGAAUCUUCGGAUCUGUACUUUACACCCACGCAACGGAAAUAUUCCGGCGAGGUCGUUAGGGUUUUCGUCGACUACAACAAGGAUAAGAAAUAGGCUGGAAUAAACCGCCAACUUUGUUGUUGAACCAGCCACUGUUUGUUCCGUGGCAUUCUUGUCCGUAUGUCAGCCAAUGUAGAGCGUAUCGGAGUGUUUGAUUUGUACGGAGGUCGGAGACGAAUGUUUACAAUAAUUAUUGAGACAUAGCCAUUGUUGGCGGCAACGAAAAUCAUCGCACCAACAGUUUCAUCUAGUGCAAGUUUCACGACUAUUUCAGUUAACUUUAUUACUGCCCUCUCGAAAAAAUGAUUUCAAAUCUCGGCACCAUCUAUUGCUUUCAUUUCAUACUUUGUCCAUACAUAUGUCAGAAAGCUAAAAGUCAUACCACUUGGAGGAUUAUAGAUGUAUCAAUAUAUUGUUAAAAUCAACCUUAUAUGUUUAGGAAAACUCUUAUCUACAUACCUAGAAGGACAGUCAUACCUAAAUCCCACCUUCCGGGCUUUGGUUGAAGGUUUUUUUGUGUUUUACUAUAUUGUUAUGUUAAUUUAAAUUUUUAAUGAAUUUUAGUCAACCAGUCAUUGUAAGAGAUGAAACGAUCAACAACAUGAGGAUCUCGCUCUGAGGUACAGAUCUAUAAAUCUUUAGUUUCAGCUAAUUUUUUGGCAACAUCAGAUGUUUGUUCGAAUAGAGCUUACCAGUAUCAAAAUCAUAGUGGUUGUCUGUCACAAAUCUGUAUUAAUUGCAUAAAUUCCGAGUAUAGUCUGAGAACUAACUGGUUGAUCGUCGUUGCUCGAAUAGCAAGGUCCCUUGAAUAUCGGUAAAAUUACUUUUUCGAACUUAUGCCAUUGUCAUUACUGGCACCAUUGUCUAUUCCAUACCCAGUUACAACUGGGUAUGGAAUAGACAAGUUGACCAUUCCAACUUUCAUGCACAUUAUCCUUGCAAUGACAAUGGAAGAAUCUGAAGAUAGAUGUAUGCAAAGUAAUAUCUAAACUAGCUAAGUUAGUGUACACGAGGAAUUAUAAUGAAUCUGGUAAAAAUACUCCCCCCCCAUCGUUUUAGUAACAAGUUUUAAUUAGUCUCCUCAUGUUUCCUCCUCGGUGGCAAUAUUGUAAAUAAUAAACGCGACGUGAACUGUACAGGCCACUCUGACCACAUCUAUGUUUUAAUUUGUAGGUACUACUUAAAUUGCAAACAAAAGGGAGCACCCUUACUUGUACAGCUGCUGCUAAAGGUACUAUUUUAAACUGUUUAUACAUUUUAUAAUAAACCUCUAAACGUCUGGAGUAUAUGCGUAACCGUAGGUUUUAGCCAAUGAGAAAAAUGUACGUAGAGGAAUGUAAUAAACAUACAAGCUAGCCGUUA